UUCCCAGCGUACAGCAGCUGAUGCCAAAUGAUGCCUUUUGCUCAGAUGCUCUCCAGGAAAGCUCACCGGCGGACUGCAAACUUUUGCACCAUGGAUCGUCUCUCUGGCACCAGUGGCUGCGAUGCUUUUGGGACCCUGUGUAGUUUUUUCUCUUUUAAUAUUUCUAAAGAACACAGCAGUUUGGGAUGUGCAUGAGAACAAGUGGAUGAUAAAGAAGAAAGGAGCGCUGUCAUCUGGAAGGAGGCGUUUUCUCAUCCUCUUUUACUUCUAUCAGGAGGGAGCGUAUUUCUGCUGGCUCUUAUGGGAAUUAAGCACUCAUCCCGCUGCAUGCUCCUCAGGAGAAAAAUGGCGGAUUCUGAGAGCAGUGAGCACCAACAGUCACAGCCACAGCCAAUCCGCAUAAUCCCGUCCCAGUCGGCACAGCCCACCUCGCUGCCCAAACCCGUGCCUUCCAUCCAGCACGCCCCGCGGCCUCCUCUGCCUCCGCAUACCCCCCAUGCUGCCAGCCUGCCGAGCUGUCCAGGGCGAGGGAAGAUGGCCAAGUUCCUUAACCCGGAGGAGAUGACCUCACGGGACUACUACUUUGACUCCUACGCCCACUUUGGGAUCCAUGAGGAGAUGCUGAAGGACGAAGUGAGGACUCUCACCUAUAGGAACUCCAUGUACCACAACAAACACAUCUUCAAGGACAAAAUAGUGCUGGAUGUGGGGAGCGGGACGGGGAUCCUGUCCAUGUUUGCUGCCAAGGCAGGAGCAAAGCACGUGUACGGGAUUGAAUGUUCCAGUAUAUCAGAGUACUCAGAGAGGAUCAUCAAGUCCAACCACCUGGACAGCGUGAUCACCAUCUUUAAAGGGAAGGUGGAGGAGGUGGAGCUUCCAGUGGAGAAGGUGGACAUCAUAAUAUCAGAGUGGAUGGGUUACUGCCUCUUCUACGAGUCCAUGCUCAACACCGUCAUCUUUGCCAGGGACAAGUGGCUGAAACCCGGAGGAUUGAUGUUUCCCGACCGAGCCUCUCUGUAUGUGGUGGCCAUCGAGGACAGGCAGUACAAAGACUUCAAAAUACACUGGUGGGAAAACGUCUACGGCUUUGACAUGACCUGCAUCCGUAACGUGGCCAUGAAGGAACCACUGGUGGACGUCGUGGAUCCCAAACAGGUGGUGACUAACUCCUGCCUCAUCAAGGAAGUGGAUAUCUACACAGUGAAGGCCGAGGAUCUCUCCUUUACCUCAGCGUUCUGCCUGCAGAUCCAGAGGAACGACUACAUCCACGCGCUGGUCACUUACUUCCACAUCGAGUUCACAAAAUGUCACAAGAAGACCGGAUUCUCCACCGCUCCAGAUGCUCCAUACACCCACUGGAAGCAGACGGUGUUUUAUCUGGAGGACUAUCUGACGGUGAGAAGAGGAGAGGAGAUUACGGGCAGCAUCGCGAUGAAGCCCAAUGAGAAGAACACUCGAGACCUGGACUUCACCUUUGAGCUUGACUUCAAAGGUCAGCUUUGUGAAGCGGCCAUAGCACACGACUACAAGAUGCGUUAAAAAGUGAAAGCGGGGACGUCGGUGCCCCACUGAGUGUGAUCGCUGAGCACCAGAGGGAGACAGAGACGCUCCCAUGACUGCAGACGGACACACUGGGUGAGACGCAGAGAAUAUGAGAGGAGACGAGGCCAAAGACGGAGCGGACGAGGCCCUGAGGACUGUUUCACCGUGGCCCCCGCCGUGCAUGAUGGAGACAGGAAGUUACAGACUGUUAAACAACCCUGAAUGUAACACUGACAAAACGAAGCCAGGAGUAUUUUCUAGUCCUGAUGAAUGUUAUUGAUUAUUGAUGUGCGUUUCUGUGAGAUGGAGUGACGUGCUUGUGUGUUUUGUUCGGUAUUUGUUUUCUGCAAUAAUCUGGACCUUAUGGAGUUUUAAACCACAGUGGAGCUCAUCUUUACCAUCACUGUGUUGUCCACAUUCUGCUAACAGUAGGCGAUAAAUUUAAGGUGUAGUUCUUCUGUUAUAUUACGUAUUGUAGGGAAUGGUUCUCAGAGAAACUUUCAUUUCUAGCUGUAUAAACGGAGUAAAAACUAACAGCCAAGGACAAACGUGAGUAGGUACGUGUAUGUGCGUGACGUGAAAGGUAACGUGUUUGCAUUGUCAGUGUCGUCGUAGCUUCCUGUGAGUGUGUAGUAGAAGGUGUCGAAGCUCACACCGUCGCACAGCUUGGACUCCACGUGUGCCCUGUGAUGUUGACAUGCCAAUAACAUACCUAACCUUCCCUGUCCUGAAUGCCUUGACCAAGUGCCGAAGUGUACCUAUUGCUUUUCUGCAUUGCUGCAUUUAGCUUUUUUCAAUUGUUCAUGUAUAGACGCUCACUUUUACAGGUUUGAGGUUAGACAUGAUGGAAACACAGACUCAAGUCAUGAAGUUUUCUCAUCUGGAGUGCCUAUAAAAAAUAU